AUGCAGAUCAAGUACAUCUUCGUCGCCGCCUUCGCCUCCAUGGCCCUCGCCGUGCCCUCUUCCAACGUCAACGAGGGCAACAUCCUCGCCCGCCAGAAGGGCCCCGUCAGACCCUCUGGACCCAGCUGCUGCAGCUACGUCGGCAACUGCCAGGCUUCUUGCUGCCCCACUGGAUGCCCCAAAUAA